UCCAAGCUGGGCAGAAUCAAGAGGAGAAGAAGAGCAAGAAGCUAGUUAGCUGCUCCAAUGGCGCCGGCGGACAGCCACGGGGAGUUUUUGGAAUUGGAGGACGCGCUGAGGUACAUGAAGAUGGUCAAGAACCGGCACCCGGCGACGUACAACGAGUUCCUAAACGUCAUGGCUCAUUACAAGAGGGGCAGGAUCGGCAUCGCCGAGGUGGCGUCGAGGGUGGCGGCACUGCUCAGGGACAGCCCCGACCUCAUCGUCGGCUUCAACGCCUUCUUGCCCAAGGGCCACCGGAUCCGUCUAUCCGACGAACAAGCGGCGGCGAUAGAGAAGCCAACGACCUUCGUGAAGGCGGUGAUGAACACGCACCCGUCCACGUACCGCGAGUUUCUCCGCAUCAUAUUCGACGAAUACGGGAGGGACGGGAUCGGCAUCGCGGAGGUGGCGUCGAGGGUGGGAGUCCUGUUCCGGGAUAGGCCGGACCUCAUCGCCGGCUUCAACGCCAUAUUGCCAAGAGAGCACAAGAUCAAGGUCGUCGGCGGGGUGGAUGAGCAUGAGCUUGCCGCUCGUUUCAUGAGAGAAGUGAGCCUAGAUGACCACGAUGACGAUAAGAUCCACGAUGGAUGUAAUUAAUAUCUCUCACUAUUGCUAUACUAUUAUACUCCAUCAACGUAGAGCGAGCGUAUAUAUUUUUCAAACUUCAAGCUUUGCAUAUUUCGGUAAAAUCUGUUGAGAAAGUAUCAACAUCUACAAUACUAAAUUUAACUAGUAGGGUAUGCUCGAUUUUGAUGCAUGUGAUCACAUUGAUUCCAACCUAAAUCAAUGCAAUUAUCGGUGAAUGUUGUUAAUAUUGUAAAAAGUGUAUCCUCGCUCGCGCUCAUCAUAACAUGCUACUACCUCUGCCUGUAAAGAAAUAUAAGAUCGUUGUUUAGAUCACCACUUUAGUGGUCUAAACAAUCUUACAUUUCUUUACAGAGAGAGUAUUUUCUAAUGGGAAACGACGCCUCCUGCACUCCAAGUCUCCCUCUCCAUUAUCGCUUACCCCAGCCCUCACAAUAACGCCAUUCCCUUGGUGCUAUUUUUAAUUCUUGUUUCUCACGAACCAUGUGCUGGUAGGUGUAUAAUUAAUUAAAUAAAAGCCGAGGGUGCUUUUCUAUAGAAAAAGACAAUGCGUGGCUCAUCCAACGCCUCACCACUCCGGACCUCUGACAUGUGGGCCGCAUUCAUGCUAACAUGCCACGUGAGCACGAGAUACAACUCGAUACGGAAGAAGUGACCGUAUAUGCACGCAUAGACAAGUUAUGUUACUACAAUGACGCAUAAACUGAACAUUGGAUGCAAGUUCUUUUACUGCCACUGAUGUUACCUUUUCAAGUAUUCAUUAGUUUCGAAGCCAUCAACGCGAAGGACACAACAAUUAAUUGUUUGCGACGUAGACAUCAGUUUAAAAUAUAUUUCUGUUCAAAAUUUGGAUUUGAGAAGAA